UUCCAUUUGUAAAGUUUACAUGAAGUCCACGAAAUACUGUCGCUGAAAUUGCCAAGAUGUGUUUCAUUCUGCAUGCAACUGUUCUUUUGGCACUUAGCAUGAAUGUGCUUCCAUGUGUGAAUGAGUUCAGCAAAAAUGCCACUCUUGGAGAAGACAUACUCCUGGGCCCAAACUGCACAGAUUGUGAUGCAUUUUCAAUCGAAUGGAAAUUUUCUUCAAACUCUAUAAGCAACUGCAUUUUUUCUUAUAUUGCAACAGAGGAGUCCAGUUCUGAAACCAUCUUUGGUACAUUUAAAGGGAAGGUGAACAUUCUAAGCAAAGGUCUUCAUUUAUGGCUUCCAUCUGUUCAUUUCAACAACACAGGAAAAUAUACACGAAUUCUCACAAAGAGGAAUGGAAUGGAGCUCUGCGUUAGCAUAACAGUCAACGUACAUGGAGAUUUCAGAGAAGCAGAAACUUUUGAGAUAAACCAGACAAAACCAAAAGAUAAUAACUUGCGAACAACAAUAUACCUCUCAGUAUCAAUCGUUGGAGUCGUUUUAGGAGUGGCAAUAAUACUUGCUUGGAUUAAAAGAAAAUCAACUGGGAGGGCAACGUCAUCAGCAAAUAGAUUUUCACUCUCAACCAAUUCUAAGGAAUAUCCAAUUUACGGCAAUUGGCGUCACCCAAGAUAUAUUUGAAAGGAAGAACCAAGAAGAUGCCUCAAUGUCCCUGGUGAUGCUACUUAUCAAAAGUGUCAAGUAACAAGGACGUACAUUAACAGAAUAUUCUGUAGACUGAACUUGCUGUCUGAUGAAAUGCUCUGAUCUGUCUAUUUCAGCAAUAAUAUUUGUAAUCUUCCUUAGCUGCAAGUUUAUCUCCUAGCUAAACCUCACUUAAGGAAGUUGCUGUGAACCACUGACAUUUAGAAAACAUUUUUUGUUUAUUUUUGUUUCAAACUGAGACCUGAAUUUUCAGAAAUCAUCUGUUUCAACCACAAUAACUAUGUUUGACCAGGUCAAAUUAUUUCAUGAAGUAAAGCCAUGUUCAUUGAAUAUGUGCUCCAAUCCAUCACAAUGUAAGUGGUCACCACUUCUGCUGAAAUCACAGUAAAGGUUUGUGCUUAACAGUUAGUUUAUUUCCAAGUUCCUGGCUGGCUACUUAUGAUUCUUGGUCUGCACCUUACUUUCUGGCACUCUAUGUAAACAUUAGAUAUCUGGGCAAGGGAUACAAGCCUUGCAUUUGUUAUUAACUAACUUAAGUGUCUAUUUUAACUCCAGAAGGGAAUUGGGGAAGUAGGGGCUAAAGGAAUAUCAAGCCACUUUACCAAUGGAACAUAAGACAUGGAAAUCUUAAAGGCCAAGCCCUAUUCAUAUGCUCCAGCUCUGACUCCCACCCAAAUAUGGUGGGAAUUAUUUUCCCACUGCUGGGUGAGAGUCAACAUUUGUGGGCAGGCAGAAUGGACAACAAAAAAAUGAUGGUGGCAACAGGAGAGAUCAAAAGGUUGGGUUUGACUAUAACUUAAAUUGGUUCUCAAUGAUAAUAUAGAUGAACUUUCACAUCAAACAAUUUAAGUUAAUAAAUAAAGUGUGGA